AUCUGUGCACCUAGAUGGAAAAAAGUGGAAUUCGAAGACUAAGGACAUUCAAUUAUGAAUUAAUUUUAAUAAUUAAAAUUACCAAUAUCUGAUUCAGCUUCAAAACAGUUCAUAUUGUCAAAUGUGCUGUGUCUGUAUACUUGUAGGAUGCUAUAUUUUGUAAGACUAUUGGUCAUUUCUAUGUUCCAGCUGCUGAUAAAUUCACAGCUAAGUAAAUUGACCUGUCCUAUUGGUUGGGAGUCUCAUGGAUUGAAAUGUUAUAAAGUGUCUAAUCAAUUGUUUGACUUUUUAAAUACAAGAAAAUACUGUAAUAAUCAAAAUGCCGAGGUUAUUAUGCCAAAAACAGUCGACGAACAGAAUAUUAUGAAAACGCUGCUUCGACAGGUAAACAGAAAUGAUGAAUGGUAUGGAAUUUGGAUUGGACUUACCGUUAAUGAAUCUAAAGGAACAUGGAUUUGGAAUGAUGGCACAACACUUGAUUCUGCAAAUGUGGCCUGGUAUACUGGUGAACCACAAGGUUUCAUUGACGAGAAUUGUGUAGUUAGUCCGAAUUAUUCCAAAAGAUGGCAUGAUGUUAAGUGUGAUAUGAAUAAUUCUUACAGCGCAGCUUGUCAGCUAAAAGAUAUGAUAGUCAACGAGGGUGAAAGCGUUAAUCUUACUUGCGGCGUCGGUAACCUACAUGCUAAAUGGACUAGAUCUGUAAAUGAUACAAGUGUAAUAGUGUCUGAAUAUGCAAAUGGUUUGACGUUGCCAAAUCUAGUAUUAGAUUCUGUUAAAUGGUCUGAUCAAGGAAGUUACGAAUGCAGUUUUACCAAUACCGCAGGAUUACUGGAAACCAGAAUGACAAGACUAUUCGUAAAUACUUCAACGAAAAUGUGUACUUGCCAAUGUGAUUACAGAAGAAAACUGGAAUAUUGGGAGUCGAAAAUACAGCGAAAUCAAUCAAUUGAGGAAUUGAAAAAAGAGUUAGAGCCAGUCAUCCGGCAGAUCCAAGAUGAAUUAAAAGUAAAUAAAACUAAGAUUUCGUCAACUAUUCGCAAACUAACAUCGGCUAAAGACGAACGCAGGUCAUCUCAUACAAUUGGUUUUAUUGGUGCGUUAUUCAUCUCUGUCAUUUUCGGAACUGUGUUUUUCAUGGAUCUAGUAAUGUUUAGACAGCACAUAGACAAAAUCAGGAAAAUAUGUGGUUAUAAGAAGAAAAAUAUUAGAAAAAAACUACCCAGAAAAAGGAAUCAUGAUCAAAAAAACAUUUCAAAAGAAGAAUAGAAGAAUCGAUAACUGUAAGAGUUUUGUUCAAAUCAAAUUUGAUAGGCUUUUCAAUAAUAUACAUACAGUGUUGUAAAUUCAUAUAUGUUUUUCUUGCCACUGUUAGGCUUUCGUUAAAAAGAUGAAUAAAAUAUGGUAUUCAAAGGUUAAUCUUAUUUAGCGUGAAAAAAAUCCCCACCAAAAACAAAAUCUGCUAAAAUGUCUUGGGUUUUUUUUAAUAUUUAAAUUUACCAUAUGAGCUAGUUGAAGAUUAUUAAUAUUUUUAUAUCCCCUUUUACUUUGGUAGUUCUAAUUUGAUAUGGCAAUCUCUUUAGUAAAGCUACGUUUUUGAAUUACAAAAAUCUCCAUACAGUUUCUGUAAACUAACUGCGUAACAUUUUGCAAUGAUUUGGUACAAAAGUAAUUACAAGUUUGAAAUAAAUAACUGCACUACCUACAAUGACCUAUUCACCGAUUUUGUAUCAUCGAGGACAAUUUUAUAAAGGAAAAAGAAAAAAAAAAAUUGCGGGUGCAUAAGAAAAAUUGUGACAAACAAAUUAUCAUCGGAAUAAAACUGUACUCUUAAGAUACGCACAUUUUAAUAUUGCUUUUAUUGAGGUCACCAAAAAAUAUCUCGUAAAAACAAAAGACUUGAUAAUUAUUACGGAGUAAUCAUUCCCUCUAAAUACGAAUAACGACGAUAACAACAGGUUAGAGGUGCUUUCCGUAACAUAAGUAAAUAAUGUUACGACAUGUACACUUCCCAUCGUUCAUAUGGCAAUGUAUUUUGUAAUGGCUGUGCAUAUCAUUAGAACUUGUCAAUAUACGAAGCUAGAAAACUUCAAGAAUGAAAUACAAGCAAAAUAAAAUAUUAUGUAGCAAAGGUGAAAAGAUGCUCUAUUCAGACAUAGAUAUUAGAUGCAUAUGAAAUGAAAACCCGUAAAUGUAUGUGAAAUAAUCAUGACAACAUAGACAAGUAGAUGAUCAAAAGAAAAUAAAAUGAAACGUUUAUGAAUAUCGAUCCAUUCAUUUUCCUUUAACCUGGACAUGCUUAACACACGUUUUUUUUCCAAUCUUAUUUGCACAAUGUGUGUACUUAAAUGUUAAAACUUGGUAGAUUUCAGGGAAAUGUAGCAUAAAAAAGAUAUUUUCUAAACAUUUGUGCAUAUGGUUAGAGCUUUAAAUUGCUUAGGUAUCCAAAUUUUACUAGAUAUAUCUUUAGAACAUCAGUGUAACAAUCUUCUAACGCAUUUUACCAAUAGAUAAUACAAAUACGUCAACAUUCAUCAACAUAUAAUCUAACUAAUUUAUACAUAGGUGGUAUUAAAAUUUCUUUUGAUCAGUUUGAUUAUUUCGAAAAAAUGCUGAACCUUAAUCACCUGUUACCCUAUUUAGUGGUGCUUUUUUAUUGCACAUUUUAGAUGCUCCUACAAAAAAAGAUGCAUCAGAUCGACUUCUUCCUUCUUAUAAGGAAAGAUACGAAAUGUCAAAAAAUAUAGUUUAAACAAUUUUUAGAAUUUCUUUUUGAACACCUGAAACAUGAAUAUUUCAAGAUAGAAUUUUCUACCUAAGGCAUAACUCUCUUCAUAUUUUAACUUUUUUUUUCUGACACAUAGUGAUGUUUGGUGAUUGGUAUAUGUUGUAGAGUUAUUUGUGGUAUUGUUUUAAUGUGAGUUAUUUUUAUAAAUCCCCCAAAAAGCUCACAAAGCUUGUGUUUAAUUGUAAUAUGCUUUUCGAAUCAAAAUAAAUGUUUCUUAUUAUCAUC